AUGCAGGCUACAGACGAGGGCAACCCGACCGCCGCCAGCUCUCCGCCAACAGAGGCCACCGCUGCUUCUCCUGCAGCUGCCAUUGAACCUGCACCAGUCGCAGCCCAGCCGAAUCCUCAACCUGCCGCAGAUGAUGACGAAGACUCACUGGCCGGCUCGGAAAGCGUCGCCACAGAGUCGACUGCCUCGCUAGCGGCAAGCAUUACCGAGUAUCGGAAGAUCCAUGGCCGCACUUACACACAGAAGACCGACUACUGGGGGCCUAAUGACGAGCAGCAGAAUGAGGGUCUAGAGCUUGCGCACUACUGGGAAACUCUGUUGCUGGAUGAUAGGCUAUUUCUUUCGCCUUUGCCAGAGAAUCCCGGAAAAGUUCUCGACCUAGGCACCGGGACCGGCAUCUGGGCCAUUGACUUUGCCGACGAGUUCCCCACGUCUGACGUGACGGGCGUUGAUAUUUCACCCAUCCAGCCAGGCUGGGUGCCUCCCAACUGCAAGUUCCAGAUAGACGAUGUCGAGCAACCGUGGACCUGGUCUCCCGACUUCGACUUCAUUCACCUGCGUCACAUGGAAGCUUGCAUUUCCGAUUGGCCAGCAUUUUACAAGCAGAUCUACGAUCACCUCAACCCUGGCGGCUACUUUGAAAUCAAGGAUUUCGAUAUCGAGUUCCGCUCGCAAACGAACCCCGACUUGCCGGAAGACCACAUUUACCGCCGAUGGGGUAAACUCUUCUUUGAAGCCGCCAACAAACUCGGCAAGUCGAUGGACCAGUCUCGAGGAGGGCACAAGAUUGCCAACGCACUCAGAGAAGCUGGGUUCGUCGACGUCGUCGAGAAGACAUGGCCUGUGCCGAUCGGAGGUUGGCCUAAGGACCCCAUUCUUAGAGAGAUUGGCAUAUGCAACUUGGAGUUUCAUGAUCAGUCCCUCGAAGGAUUCUCAAUGUUUCUGUUGACACAGGUGAUGGGAUGGGAGGGCAUUCCUGCCAGAGUGUUCGUCGCCGAAGCGCGGAAAGCGCUCAAGGACCCUGAGCUUCAGACCGUGAUAUACUUGUGA